AUGUCGCUCACCCAGGUAUACACGGAGAACAGAGAUGAUCGCACUGCUUCUACCCGUUCCAUCUCUCUUCGUAGCCGUUCACCGCAUCCCCCUCUAAACGCCCAGCCUAGUCGCAACAGUUUUGACAAAGGAGGCGAGAUUGAACUGGCACAACUGGGUGUCUCCGAAGGCGUACCACCCGCCAGCGUCGAAGAUGCCAGCGAGGGUAAGACAUCCCCUGUCGACCCGGUCGAGCCACCCAAGGUAUCAAGAUGGACUGGUCACAUUCAGUUCCUUACUCUGUGCGGGACUUUGUUCCUCGCGGGCUGGAACGAUGGUACGACUGGUCCUCUGCUUCCCAGGAUGCAGAGCAACUACCAUGUUGGAUAUACGGUUGUGUCCUUAAUCUUUAUUUUCAACUGCAUCGGCUUCGUUUCUGCGGCUGCGGCUAACGUCCACUUGACGGACAAAUUUGGCUUCGGGAAGGUGGGGUCCAUUGCACAAGCCAUUGGCUAUGCUAUUGACUCUCCUGCACCACCAUUUCCCGCAUUUGUAUUCGCAUUCGCUCUGAACGGGUUUGGCUUGGCCUUACAAGAUGCUGGCGCAAAUGGGUACGUCGCGAGCUUGAAGGAUAACGCCCAAACCAAAAUGGGCGUUCUUCACGCUGCGUACGGCGCUGGAGCCCUGUGCGCCCCGUUAUUGGCUACUCCACUUUCGCACAAGCAGCACUGGUCAUACCAGUACCUAGCCUCCCUCGGUUUAGCGAUCUUGAAUACCAUUCUUCUAAUCGCCGUUUUCCGUUUCCGGAGACAAGAUGAGUGUCUCCGGGAGAUUGGGCAAGCGCAGACGCACGAGACCGCUGCAAACCACGAAGAUAACAAAUAUGGCCAGAUCUUCCGACUCCGUGAAGUCCAUUUACUCGCCUUUUUCAUUCUUAUCUACGUCGGAGUGGAAGUUACAAUCGGAGGCUGGACCGUCACAUAUAUCGUUGACGAACGAGGCGGCGGAUCCUCUGCCGGAUAUGUCUCCGCCGGGUUCUUCGGUGGGCUUAUGUUUGGGCGGGUUGCUUUGUUGUGGGUCAACAAGAAGGCAGCUAUACAUUCCGCGAACCAUUGGCGAACGCCGUGCGAUCUAUAUCUACACCAUUCUUGCUAUAGCGUGAGUCAGACAUCGUCAAGUUUGCAGAAGACCCUAGGAUUGACCACUGCUUUCAGGCUUGAAAUCAUCAUUUGGCUCGUGCCAUCCCUCAUCGGAAACGCCCUGGCCGUCUCAUUCAUUGGCAUGCUCCUCGGCCCCGUGUACCCGAUUGCCAUGAACCAUGCUGCGAGGAUUCUGCCACAUUGGCUCCUUACAGGCAGUAUCGGCUGGAUUGCAGGCUUUGGUCAAGCCGGUUCUGCCUUCCUUCCGUUCAUGACAGGAGUGAUUGCCUCCAAGGAAGGUAUAUGGGCCUUGCAACCCUUGAUGAUUGCUAUGAUGGCCUUAAUGCUCAUCUUGUGGUUCUUGGUGCCAGCUCACUCGCGUCGCGUUGACUGA